UGCGCUGUUGACACUACCCUGCGAACACCAGACAGGACAGAUGAUAAACAAGUGUUAGGACAGAUGAUAAACAAGUAUUAGGACAGAUUGUUUUGCUCAACCCGGAGAGAAUAUUCGUCCCCUGAGGCUCGCCAACCUCCCCGCAGUCCCUAUGCUAUACCAGGCAUGGCAGAGAGACAGGACAAUGAGGUGGAGGAGGCUGACCAGAUCUACCUGCUGAUGAAGGAGGAGUAUCGGAUCUCCAGGAAUGUGCGUCUGGCGUGGUUCCUUGGUAAACUUAACCAAGUCAUCUGGCCGGCCUCAAAGCCUGAACUGCUGAACUCAGAGAAUGAACUGGACUUGCUGAGCAUCUUACCUAAAGGAUGGCAGCCGGAUUUCUCCCCCACCAUGUACCCCUACAUGUUGGUGCCGUCCACUCGGGCCACCUUCCUGGCCCGGAGGUACCGCUUCAUCAUCGAGCUGGACCUCAGUCCCUCCACAGGGAUCGUGGAUGACAGCACAGGAGAGAUGAUCUUCGAUGAGGUGUUUCAUGCCUUAAGCAGAUGUCUGGCAGGUCUGGCUCAGCCAUUUCAAGUCCCUGGAACCGAUCAACUUUUCAAGCCUAAGAUCUUCAUCACCAUCUUGGCGUACUCAUCAAUUAUUGGCCUCACCUCCCAUCAGGUUUUGGUACAGGGCUGUCAGCUUGAUAGAACAGACCUCGAUGAGUUCCUGCAUCACAUUUAUCAGCAGCUCCGAGCGGUGGAGAGCAACAUUGCACAAGUCCUGCACCAGCAGCAUGAACAGUCUGUGGAGCCAGUCCAAAGCUCAAGUCUCCAUAGCAGCACUUUGGAUGAGCAGCCCCACAGGAAGCAGGGCAUUUCCAUGGUGUCAGCUGAUAUGGGUCUCGUCAGCAUGGUACGCCAGGGCAUCCUGGCCCUUCAGCUGCUGCCCCCAAACUCCAGUGCAGGUAUCAUUAUUAUCACAGACGGAGUGACCAGUGUUCCUGAUGUAGCCAUGUGUGAAACACUACUGAACCAGCUCAGGAGUGGAACCAUUGCCUGCUCCUUUGUGCAAGUCGGUGGUGCGUACUCCUACGACUGUAGCUUUGGUUACAUACCCAACGUAGAGCUGAUGAAGUUCAUCUCAUUAGCUACCUUCGGUUCAUACCUGCCCAGCUGCCCUGAAGUGGACCUGAACAGCCUGGAGAUGAAUGCCUACCACAAGGCCUUCUUAACCUAUUCCUUCCUCAAGACCCCUGAGUCUAUGAACUCAGAGUACUUCUGUGUUUCCCAGCACAAACUCUUCAAUGAGCACCUGGUGUCAGCCAGCGGUAACCCUGCCCUGGUCAUGAGGAGGAAGAAGCACACAGAGAAGGAAGUCCAUGCUCAUUUAAUCAGUGUAGUGUCUGUGCGACUGAGAGAGGGCUACACCAUCAGAGAGAUCAGCCUCACCAAAGGUGGGACUCAGCUGGAGGUGAAGCUUGUGCUCUUAUGGAAACACAACAUGCAUAUCGAGUACCUGGCAGCCGCCUCAUGGCCGUUGGACCUCACCAAGAGAACCACCAGGGUGGAGGUGACGAUGGAGGGAAGCUACGACAUCCUGCAUGACAUAAGCUGCACCCAGAGGAAACCCAUCACCAGCCCGUAUCGCACCUCCGUCAUCCGACGCUUCUGGAACACACUGCAGAGCAUCAACCAAACUGAUCAGAUGUUGGUGCACCUCCAGUCGUUUAAUUCAAUUCCUGAGAACUACAUGAUUCCUGAGAGCACCAAAAAUGGAGUUCCUCUGUUCUACAUCCCUCCCGGCUCUACUACUCCGGUUCUGUCAUUGCAGCACAGUGGAUCCAAAGACUCCUCUCAGUCCCAGUUUGCCUCUUACUGGAAGCCCAUCCUCUCCAUGGACGCCAACUUCUGGCAGAGAUGGCUGCACAUGCAUCGCAUUGCUAUCAUCCUUGAACACGACAUGCCUGUCCCCAAACACCUGCACACAGCUGGGAACAACGGACGUUAUAGCACCAUUCAGUGUCGUAUCUCCCACUCUGCCCUCACAUCGCUGCUGAGGGACUGGAGCAGCUUCGUGUUGGUGGAGGGUUACUCAUAUGUCAAACUCAUAUACAGUUCAUCCGACCAGCCUCCCACCUCCUUCUACCUGGUCCGCCUCAUCUCCAAGACGCCCUGCAUGGUGCUGCGUCUGGGCUUCCCCAUUGGAACACCAGCCCACAUCAGAAACAAGAUUGUGGACGAGCUGCGAGAGCAGAUCCUCAAACUACGCUUCCCUCAUCGUGUUCAGAACAAAGAGGCCACCCCCAAAACCAAGAGAAAGGUUGUUGGCCAUCCGUCACCCUCCAAAUCCCCCUCCAUCCCCGCUCCCAAGCCAGCGCUGUCAGACAGACCCUGUGUGGUGGUGCUUAAUAAGCCCUUGGAGAAGCUGCUCAUAAGUAUUGCCAGCCGGACACAUUUGAACGCAAUGCUCUGCAGGUAUGAGAAGCUGCCGCUGGACUUCAGGACUCCCUUCAUUUUCAACAUGGAGAACUUCCCUCAGCCCUCCAACAGUGCCGUCCCCCUCAGCAUGGCGGCCAACCGGACAGCCUCCUCCACCCUAGCCUCCCUGUCCCGUUACUUCCUGCACCAGCGCUGGGUGUGGGCUGUGCAGAGCAGCCAGGGAUCGACCGUGGCCAUGCAGGCCGUGGCACACAUCCUGUCCAUGCUCUCCGAGAUCCGCGUAUCAGAAGGCUUCCACUUUGCUGCCAGCGGAGAGGGCAUCGUCAACCUGGUGAUGGAGCUGCCGAUGAAGGGCAUGUCAGGGGACACAGACAGAGAGAGUCACUCUUGUAUUGUUCAGUACAUCCUAUUUCCACCUCACUCUACGUCUACUAAGGACAGCUUCUCCACUGAUGACGACAACGACACUGAGGUGGAGGCCGUAGACAUGGACACAGAGCUGAACCUUGUCACAGAGUGCUGGGUGGAACCACAGUGUGGCACGGUGAUGAAUUGCAUGGACCAACAUCGCCACUUCCAGGGCCUCAAGUACCAGGAGAUCCCCCAAGCAAUCUUCCCAAGGGAUCUGUCCUGUAUGUCCACCAUGAUGACCUUUGAGUAUUUGUGCCAACUGUGUCAGAAUAAAGACCAGGUCUGCUCGCUGCCGGCUGGACUCAAGGAUGUGAGAGGAGAUGCCCUUGCCUCUGAGGACAGCAUUCACAUGGUUCCUUUCCAGUUUGAUCUCAUUCAGCUACUCCCCAAAUGCCAGCAGGUCGAGCUCUUCUUCCUCACAUUCAGCACAGCAGUGGAGACUGGGGAGCAGGUUCAUAGCUCCCCCUGUCUGCCCAACGAGCUGCUGCUCAGCCUCUUCCACAGCAGCCUGGAACACGAGCUCAGCGACAGAGAAAUCCCGCUAGCUGACAGUGACCACGUCACCUUCAUGCACCACAUCUUAGAGCGAGAGCGAGACGGCCAUAUCGCUCCUUUCUCUUUACCUGUCAUUAAAGAGGAGUGUGUGAAACCACCAGACAGACAGGACACAAUGACGUCAUUCCACACCACUGGCAGCAGCAAAGAGGUGAUGGGAUCCACCAGCACUUUACAGAGUUUCAGUAAUGCAGACCUUGUGGAUGAAGAGCCCUUGCUGGGGGAGAGGAGCUGCUCUACGCCACAGUGGAGGUGUUACGCCAAGUACAUCAGCUCCCAGCAGAUCCUCCUCACCUUCCUCCCUGCUUCCUUCACAGAUGUUCUGAUGUUGAUGGAGUCAGGGCUGGAGACGGAGCCUCAGAGUAACAUCAGCACUCAGGAAGAUGACACUCUGACUCCCAGCAACAAAUCUCAGGCCGACUCCCUGUCUGGCUCCACAAGUGGGCUGGAAAGGUCAGAGUCCGGCCUCAGUCUGGCCGGUAAACUGCGAAGGAGCUCCAGCAGCGGACACUUCAAUGCCAGGUCCCCUGUGCUCUCACCAUGGUCCGAAGGCCAGACUGGGCCCGCUGACUCCCUGAUGGACCAGGAAAGCUGGGACACUAGAAUGUCUGAGACAGAGGCCGGGACCCCAGCCUCAGAUCUGGGAGAAAAAGAAGGAGUACAGUUCUCUGAACCACAGAAGACUGAUUUCCACAUCAGCUUCAGCCGGCAGGUUUCUCAGCAGAGUACCAGUGACAGCAGCCUGUUGAAGUGUCCAGUCUAUGUCUACAACUGCUCCCUGGAGCACCUGAGGGAGCAACUGGUACACCCCAACUCCAGCCGUCAACCCAGGGACAUCUUCUUCAGAGCUCAAGAUGCUGAAUCCUGGGAGAUGAAUCAGCAGAUGAAGUUCAGGUCACUGUCUCAGGACCGCAGCAGCCCGUCCCCUUGGACCGACCUCCUGGCUCAGCCUCACAAACACAAGGAGCUGGCCAACUACUGCAGCCUGCUGCAAGAGCAUUACCACCAGAGCUACGUCAAAGGUGUGUACCGCAGCCUGCAGCAGUCCUACAGCAUCAACUCCCAGGAUGUCCUGAUGGCCAUGGAUUACUGCGAAGAAUCCCUGCAGGAGAUUGACAUCACCACUUUCCUGCACACAGUCUGUGGACACAUCCGGGUCUUUAGGGAGCACGGUGAGGCUCCGGCAUGGAAACCUUCAAGGAGCCCUGCCACCUUUGUCAUCGGAGAGGCUGAGGAGGAACGGACAGAUUAUAGGGCUGCCCUGGCCUCCUCGUCCAGCAUUGAAAUGGAUGAUGUCAGUGAAGCUGAAUCUAGAGAAAAGUCCUCUGGUCCUACAUCUCCCCUGAUCCUGGAUGAGUCCAAAACAGUCAAGAUCCCAGAGUUCCCUCUGACGCUGCUUCAGACACAGCCCAAGUGUGAAGUGUAUCCAGAUCUACACAAAAUAAUACAGGAUAAAUUCAUGGAGAUCGUGUCUCAGUACUUCAAAACUGUGCCCUCCAAUCCACACUACUUCUUCUACUGCCCAUCGCCAUCCAAGAAAGAGGAGGACUCAGAGGACGGUGAGAUGGGGAGGAGACCCAGUGAGGAUCCGGUAUCAGAGGCUGAGCCAGCUACUGAGGACGAAGCUGUGUUGGGCUGCUGCAUAAUGACAGAAAGCGACACAGAUCUGGUGGUGGAGUACGCUGAGCACCCAGGCACCAGCUUCCACGGAGAGGGUGAAGACCAGUCCCUGUCAGACUCCAACACUGUCAACCAGGACCAGGACUCCUUCAGCAUCCUGGAGGGAGACUCCCUGCUGGAAGCCGAGGAGCCACAGCUGGACAUGCCACCGCUGUUUGUUCACGUCACUUGUUCUGUCAAUAUGAAAAGCUGCCACGGCUCCAUGCCCAUACAAACACUGCCUACUUGCCUUGGUGAGAUUAUUUCCUGCCUGGAGAAUGCUGAGGCCUUAAAGACUGUGGAUUUGAAUGAGCUCUCAGUCACAUUAGACAUUUUUGUCCUGACACUACCUCUGGAGAUUGAAGUCAUGGCUGAUUUCCAUCAUAACAGGUACACCUCAGAGAGUAGCGUGUCCCUGAAUCGUUCACCAGGACAGCCCUCCUCCUACCGCUCUGAUGAGGAGCUGAUGGCAGUGUUGGACAGUCUGAGGGGAGCCGGAGUUGACGGGGUAUCUGGCGAUCCCUUAUCCAAACUCCCAGUUCCUCACAAGUUAGCAAUUCUGGCUACAAUGGACGAGAUUCGCUGGCUGCUGGAGGAUGAGAUCGUCUCUGCUCUGCGUCACUCUCGGGUCAUCGGCUCGGCCAUGCUGCAGAAAGUAGCUGAACAUGUGCUGCGCUCCAGCGGUCGACCGCACUGUCACUGCGAGGAUGUCCCGCUUCAGUUUGUCUUUGGGCCUGAGCAGUCCCUGGAAAAAUUCAAAGAGGAGUUCCGCAGAAUGUCCUUCUCUGGCUAUGUGUUGAAUGGAGAACAGGACAGCUUCUACUUCAUGUCUCUGAGCAGACUGCACCCUCAGAGGAUCAAUGCUGCCAAGAGUCUGUCUGAAAGCGCCGCGGACCCCCCGCAACACAGCAACCCCUGCAGUGCCAGAGCUCAGGUGGAGGACGCGGUGCUAGAGAGUGAAGUGGAGGCUCAGGCAACAGAGGCAGACAGCGAGGGUGAAGACAAGAAGUCCAUCAGCGUUGGUGGAGACUCUCCCAGUGACACAACUGCAGAAACCAGUGAGCAAGUCAGAGUCUUGAAGCCUGACGCACAUGACACAGUUUCUCAGAGCUCAGUUGGCAUGGUGGUGGGGGACAGAGGUCAGCCCGGUACCCCACAGAUCCAAACCGAGCAUGGCACAGAGCCCGCCUCACCCCCCAAGACGCCGUCCAGUGUCAGCCUGGCUGAGUCCUUGCAGUCAGCCUCUCACAGCUGUGGCAAACUCAGGCCAAGUCGAGUCCAGAGCGUGGUCUCCAGCCAGGGCAGUUUGGACUCAGACAUGCAGGGCUAUGAUGGCGGCAGCAGUGACUCUGAGUGUGAGAGCCCCACCCUGGAUGAACAGGAGUGUCAGUCACCAUUGAUGCCCGACUUCUGGCUGAUUGUUCAGAUCCACCAGGACAGAGUGAAGGUCUACUCCCAUUCCAGGUGCUUCACAGAAGGAAAAGAGGUCAUUGCUGAGGAAUUGGAGAAGAAGGAAGAAGAUGAGGAGCUGCCUGAAUACUUGCAACUGCAUCAAAUGGUUGUCAGGAAGAUAGGUGAAAUCUGCAGAAUUGUCAAUCAGCGUAUGCUGCUGCAGGACCUACACGACAGCCAUGUGUGUAACUCUCUGCUGGUGGCUGAGAGUGAGGAAGACAUCUGGAAGAAUGAGUCUCUCUACAGGCAGAGGCUCAAUGCCUCCGAUGAUUACAACACAGAGGAGAGCUACCAGGCCAGAGACUACCUGGCAGCUACCAUGCAGUUCAUCCCUGGACAUUUUGCCUGUGAUGUGGUGUGGAGCACAAUCAUCCACAUUCACCCACGUCUCAAGAUGGGACCCAACAUGGGGGUAUCAAGAGCGAUUCAGGCCCUGCGCUCUGUGCUGAACUCUUUCUGUGUGGUCAACAGGAAGAACAUGUUUGUCUACCAGGAGCGUACAACUAAAUCAGUCUUCUACCUCAGACUUUGUGAAACAUCAUUAACCGGGAAAUACUCUGACAUGGAUGGAAACCUCCACAUGACUCGCUCCAUUGGGCUUGCCAGGAGUCAAGAGCCCUUGUUUCCCGAGGACCUUAUGGGUUCCAGGUCUUCUCUGGAUGGCUCUCGGCCAGUUGGACAGGUAGACAAGCACAUCCUGUUGCUGGUGCAUGGGGUGGGAAAUGCAGGUCCAGAGAUCACAGAUGAGCUGGUCAAGGUGCUGCGCAAGCGCCUGGAUGAAACCACCUUGGACAUCAUCACUGUCAUGCUUGUGAGGAACUGCAAGCUGACACCGGCUGACGUAGAGUUCAUCCAGCCAUCAGGAUCUCCCGCCACUGAGGUGAUGAACUUCAGCCUCCCCCAGUACUGCCUUCCCUGGCUGCCCGCUGUGGCUCACUACCUCAGGCAGAACCUCCUCAUCUUCCUGCAUGUUCCCAAGUACACAGACAGCAACACGGCACACCACUUCAAGCACUACUUUCAUUUGAGCGGCAACUUGCCGGACGGUGAUAUCUAUCUCUACAAUAAACCUGGAGGCCAGGGGACGGGAGGCAAAGGUACCAUGUCGGAGCUGGUUCAGCAACUCUUCCCACCUUCUCAGUUUAAAGGAAUUGCCUGCAUCGCCCUCUCAUUUGUGGACGCCUGUGGUCGUCCCCUUCAGGUUCAAGCUCAAGACUGUGCCCGACCGCAGAGAUCAGAGAACUGCACAAUCCCCCUACAUCGUGACCAUUUCGAUGAGCUGACCACUGUGGGUAAAGUGUACUCAAUCAACGGCAUCUCAGGUGCAGUUGUGUCUGUUUGUCUUCCAACAGAACCACAGCUGUAUGUGCGUUUUGACAUCUGGGAACAAGGCAAUGUCAGUCCCUUACAGCUGAGUGAUAAACUGCAGGGGGCGUUGCGUCACGCACUGUGUGACGUUGUCAUGGAGCUGAGAGUCUUGCCAAAUCCUCUUUGCCUGGGGGCGCUCUGCCCCACAACCAAAGCUCAGAGAGAAGAGGCUAAAGGACUGUUGAUUACUUUGCCUGAAGUGAAAGAAGCUAAGGACAGCCCCAGACAGCGCAGCGGCUCACGGGUCUUUAAAACCAGCCCUUCUCCUAUCACCUUAACCCAAGCUGUGGUUGGCAUCCCUGUGACAGGGACCAGCACACCCGAGUCCACAACACCCACCAGCAAGAGCACCCGCCGUAGCUUCUGGGACAUACUGAGUAAGCCAGAAUCAUCAGAGCUUGGGAGCCCUAAGACAACUGACGACAUAGUGCAAGAAAAAGGAGAGGAGGGACGAGCAGCACGACGAAGACACAAGACGGAGAACGUGAAGCAGCAGUGGAGCCAGGAGAAAGCUAUCGCUGUGGAGCUGGAGCAGGCUCAGAGGAGGCAGGUGUCUCAGCUGGAGGAGGGAGAUGUGGGAACUCUGCACCCCAUCUACCAGGUCACCUGCCAGCCUUGGAUCACUUUCAUGUCUAAACUUGGCUGCCCUUCCAUUCAGCAGUGCACUGCUGAAAUUGCUUCUCACUUCCUUCUGCCUUCCAUCUUGGCAGAGAUUGUCAAUUUGGUCAGUUCUCUUGCCAGUGAUACAACAGUGAAGGCAUUUGAAAAGAAAAGCUGCCCCCCAUCUGGAGACAUGUUUGUACCCUUCCCUCUUGUCCAGAACCUCAGCCAGCCUCCAGGCGCCACUAGGAGCUUCAUUCUCAUUGGCCGCAACUUCUAUCAGUGGCACUGUAGCACAGAGCAAGAAGACAGUUCAGAUGAGGAAAACACCCCAGUGCUAAAUAGGUUCACACCUCAUAAGGGCUUCCAGCGCUUCGAGGCUCUGGAGCAGAGUGAUUGGUUCAGUCCUGGCCAGGCCGGUGCAGGACUGGCUCCCCGCCAGAGGUUCCUCUUCAUCAGUGUCCUGGACAAAAAGGUGACUCUGUACAGCUACAACUGGUCUGUGGACCUGGGCGCCUCUCUGAAUCGGGAGCUGGUCCGCCUUGUUAAGUGGCAGAACGCGAGGGCUCACGUCGUCCACUGCCUGCUCAACCAGAAGAUGGGCCUCUUCCAUCAUUACUGCUUCUCUGAUGCACCCAUCCACGAAAUGGACUCCAAGCAGGAUCCCAAUCCAUUCCUGAGCCCCUCCAUGGAGCCGGAUGCGUUGCUGCGUAACACGGUUCCUCCUUUACCCAGCAAAGAGCAGGGCAGGCUGGGUGGCUCUGGCCGAAGUCUUGCUCCGCUUCACUUCCCCUCGGAGCUGCUUCCCUUUGACGAGGCCCUAAGGGACGUCUGCACCAUCCGACCCUUGAUGGAGGGGGAUGUGGUGGCCCGACAUGGCGGCCAACUCUUGGAAAUCAAAGCUGCUGAGCGGAGAGAAAUGGAGAAACAGAUGAAGAUAGAGAACCUGUUUGUGACUUGGCAGCAGAGGUCAGCACAGUCCAACAUGCCCAUUUCAGGGACAGAUUUGGAGACCCUGAAGCAGUCGUCCAGGCUGGUUCACUACUGUGCCACCCCUCUCCUCUUCGACCCCAUCUUCCGCAAGCAGAUCCAAGAGGAACAGAUCGUUCCGCCUCCAGUAAAGAAACGGCAUCGCUCCAGCGACUCCACUGCAUCAGGUCGGGACCGAAGCUACAGCACUGACUCAGCUGACAUGCUGCCCAGCCGACUGAAGGAAGAACCCUGGCUGCUUGAGAUUUCCAGCACCUUCCUCCAGCAGUAUGUCCAGUACCUGCAGAGCAUGGGCUUCAUUCUGGUCCAGGUCCGGCCUCAGUCUCCGGCUCGCAGCAUUGCCCGGGCUCGUGCUGCCAUGCUGAGCUCUAUGUCAUCGGAAGGGAGGAUGUCUUUUUCUUACGUAAAGCAGAAGAGCGAAGACAGCCCUAAGACUACAGCAUCUGGCACUACUGCAUAUCACCUCCAGAGGGCGCUGCCAGGGGGGAUCGUGUUGAUGGAACUGGCUUUUCAGGGGUGUUACUUCUGUGUGAAGCAGUAUGCUCUGGAGUGUUCCCGCAUUCCCAUGGGCCAGACAGUCAACUCCCAGGGCAGCCUCCUCACCAAACCUCGUUGCAAGCCGUUCCCAGAUGCCACCCCAGUAUCUGACUGUGCGCUCUCAAUGCUCUUCACUGAGGAGUGUGAUAAGGUUCGGGACCUGAUGCACGUCCACUCCUUCAGCUACGACUUCCACCUGCGAGUAGUUCACCAGUACUUGGUCGGCUGCCACAUGACACUACGCCAGGGCUACCAGCUCACCGACUUCCUGGACGACUUCAUCUCCCAUCACCCAGACAUUCCCAAGUUUGGUCGCAACCACGUCUUCCAAGGGAGCUUUUCCAUCUCCACGGGGAUGAUAACAGCUCAUCAGCUCUACAACUACAUCACUGACCAUGCCAGCACCUACGGCAUGAAGCCGCUCCGCAUGUCUAAGGCUACGGUCACCACUGACAGCAAGAAAGGGACGCCUGACCUGCACGAGUAUGCACUAGUGGCUCUAUGGAACAGUUCGGGCUCUUACAAGGAUCUGGAGGGCCUGCACCACCAUGAUGACUUUGACGUGUCCCUGGUGGUGUGCCAUAAUGCCGCUCCAUUUGAGGAACAGUCAGACGGGGAGAGGCAUUUGCUGAGGUUGCGGUUCUAUGUGAUCAUGACUAGUCAGAGAGAGCUCUUCCCCCGCCUCACUGCUGACAUGCGUCGCUUCAAGAAGCUUCCUCAGAUCCACCGUGAUCCUGGUGAGCUCGGAGGGAGGCUCCCCCAAGAUCGAUCAGAAGGGUUGCGUGGUGCCGAGCAGGACCUCUGGGAAGAAACAUCAUCGGAAGCUGCGGCCGCCUCAGUCCCCAGCGACGGCAAUGAGUUUUACCCUCUGGCGGCGGGGGGACCAGAGGCUCAGGGGCUGCUCUACCCAUCCCCUCUGUUCCCUCUGCUCAACAACGAGGUGGCGUCAGCCCGCAGACAGAUCCAGGCCAGCGUGGAGCAGGCCAUGGGUCACUGCCGCAGGGAUAACCUCUGGAGGAGGCUGUUUCACGGAGAGCACCUGGCCCUGGACAAACUGAAGCUAACCAAGCUGUCGUUUAGUGAGCUGGAGGAGCUGCUGGAGGCUGUGCAGAGCCGCUCAGUGGGGGAGAUCGACCCACAACUAGACUGUUUCCUGACCAUGAGUCCAGCCUGGUACCAGAGUCUGAUCAAAGUCCUGCUGAACCGCUUCCCUCAGAGCUGCAGACACUUUGACGACAACGGCAUCCAGUACCUGGCUGUUCUGAACCAAAAGUUCACUGACUGCUUUGUUUUGGUCUUUUUGGACACCCAAGCUGGAAAAACAAGUCUGAAGGUCGUGUUUCGGGAACCGUUGCCGUCGCAGCCGCAAGCCAGCAACAGCCCCCCUCCUCAGCUGGUGUCCAUGUAUCAUCACCUGGAGUCUGUCAUCAACACCGCCUGCUACAAUCUCUGGACAGGACUGUUGUAGUAUUGAUCAGUGCUGGACUUAACCUCGAAUCAUGUCCAUGUAACCACGAUCAACACAUGGAGACACGAGGCAACAGUGGAGGAAAACGGGUCAGCAUUGGGAAGAGCAGCAUACCGGAUGAGUGAAGUUACCGUAUUUCUGCAGUACCCUGUAGCACACAGGAUGCAUUCAGUAGAGAACUGACAAAAAAGACCAGAGUUUCAAACAACAAACUCAACCCUGACAUCUGUUAGCCCACCUAGCUCCAAACCAGUAGGAAAAAAAAUGUGAUUAAAAACUAAAUGGCUCCUAACUGGUGUGUAGAAACCCCCCAUUAGCUGGUUCAGUGUCUUUAAUCCUCUGAUAUACUUGCUUUUGACCAGGCAUUCAUGUGUGCAUUAUAACCACCACAUAGCCUAUGUCCUGGAUUCCCUCAGACCGUUGUGUGUGUGUGUGUGCAGGAAUUAACGCUGCACAAGAUGGAAUUAAACCCACAGAGGAUGGUAGUAGUGUACGUGUGUCACCGUGUUAAGUUGGAAUAUGUGAAAAUGUUCCAAUGUCGGCCAGUGUCGGGCCCAUCCUGAUCUGCCUCACAGUGGGUAAACGUGUUAAUCCACUAGUUCCUCGCAGUACGCAGCUGCAGCAGGACCAGUACCUCUCACAUUGAAGCUGUAUACUUUGUUAAAAAGCAAGUAUAUCACAAGCAUUAGUUUCUCUGGGUACUGUGACAUUUUUCACUGUGCACAAUAUAUCUAAAACUGCCUACAAUGCAGUUCAUCGAGCCAGGCUAACAAUGUAUGUAUUCCCUCAGUGUAUCAUUGUAGGGGCACAGCGCUCUGAAACAUGAUAUUAAGCUUCAAAGAAAAUUAGCAGACUUGCUACAUGAAGCUGGCAGACACUGUGUUAUAUGUUGUGUCAAAGAUGGGGUAGGUGAGCGAAAAAUCCAAUACUGAUGACAAAUACCAAGAUAUAGAGCCACAGCAAGUAGUGUAGCUAACGUUAGCUAUGUUGUGGGUUAGCAAGCUGUCGCUAAUGUUGAGCACAAGAAUAACAAGUUAGCGCUGUGUGGGUCGCUGACUGUGCACCUGGUUUAAACUGUUCAGAGCAGUGAUAAUUGGGUUCCCAGCUGGAACCAAAGUGGGCGUGUCAUAUUCCACAGGUCAUUGUGCAUUGUACAGCACCCUCUGUUGAUGACGCAUCCUUGAUUACUAUGGUUCCACUUACAGCGCAGUGUUUCACUAGAUAGCCCUUAGGUUCCAAGCAUUGGUUCAAGAACCAAAACUAAUUUGAUGGAAACACACUAUAUAUUUGUUUCCCAUUUACAAAGCCAGGGCUGCGUACGAGUCGACAAUCGGACUGCAAGGAGAUAUUUGCUCAAUUUUGAAGUGUAUUUGAUUAGAGUGGCAUUACCUAGAAAUGCUUACCCCACCCUAAACUUACACUACACAUUAUAAUCAGCCUUUCUGCACUUUGAUGUUCAUAUUGUACAUAUGUUCAACUGACAGGCCAUGGCGUGCAGCUCACACUGAAUGCACAGAACCUCCAGUCAGUUUUGACAAUUCCAGUAACAUUUAAUAAAAAAAGACCAUGUCCCCCAAAGAGAGAAACGCAACUUUAGCUUUGUGCAAUUCUACUAUGAAUGGAAAGUAAAAAGAAUAUGAAGCCAGAGCUGGAAGAUACAGACAAUAUGGAGUCUGUUCUGCGGUGAGUCAGCAGUCUGAAACUGCCAAAAUCUAAAGGAUCAUCCAUGAGCCAGAUUAUUGAUCAUUCAGGCAAUUAAUCAGGUGCUGUGACCUUAAUCUGAACGCCAAGUGACAACUGAUGUGGCGGACGUUUGUCCCGAUCUGGCGGAUAUUUGGGGCAACCAAUCAAGGUUAAAAUUGGGUUUAAUAAUCCACAAACUGUCUGCCAGGCUUUAGACGGCAAAGGCCACUUAUUUAAUGAGAGGGGCGAUUACUUUGACCUUCAUCUUGUAACUACAUUGAUAAUGAGGAUCAGGAUCUCAGCAGGUGACGGAUCCAUCACAUAAAUUCAGUUCACAGUAAUUAAUCAGAGUAACACAUGAAGAUGUUGGGGAAAUCAGCUUUUACAAGCUGGGAAAGGUAGAGGUAACCGGCUGGACCAGGGGGGCAGCAUCGCCCACCACCUCAACUAAAGCUGGACAUACACUGUACGAUUUCGCAAAAUAAUGUUUAAUUCCAACUCCUACUGUACGAGUAAAUUGUCUGCGUUGUAAAGCCAAACUCACGACCUGAGAGCUUACAAUGAAAUGUGAAAAUGAAAGAGCCCAUUGGCCCCUGCAGACCGCUCUGUCUAUUGACAAUUGGCAUUUGAUGGAUCCAAGGCAGGUCAAGGCUAGCAACUGGUAACAAACUGAACACACACAGAAACUGGCUUAAACGGUACAGUGUAUGCCCAGCUGAACACUUGAGCCAGUAAUAUUCAGUGUUUGAAAGAUGCAGCUUGUGCUAUAACUCCACCUGCAACUGAGCAGGUCUAUGAAGUCUGAAGCGGACACCCUGUUGGGUCGGGUCCUCAGGGUUUUCAGGGAUCAGGUCUGCCUGAAGUCUUUAAGCACGGAGCCUUUUACUGAUCGGCUGACCAUUCUGAGCAGUAAAAGUGGAAAGCAGAUGAGAUUUGUCCAUCUCUCUGUGGAUCAGGACCUGGAAGGUCUUGGAGUUCUGUGCUCUGACACAUAUUCUGAUGACCUGAUGGUUAAGGAAACAUUUUUACCAGUGGAGAAAUCGCUGCUUGAUUUCUUUCUCCUCAUAUUUCACUGCGAACCACUAAAUGUUUAUCAGCAGUCUGGGUUUACUGAAUCUGAUGCUUCAGCGUACGGUCAUAUAUAUGAUGGAUGUGUCCCACAAAUCCGUUUGCUGGUUUGUCUGUUUUAGGGGUCAACCAAACACCAACUUGCUGUUGGUUGAGGCUGUGACUUCUCCAGUUAGAGUUCACCAAUGUUGAGCUCCACGCACAACGCAGAUGCUAAUCUCUUUUACCACUGGAAGCAAAGGAUUUAUUCAAACUUUGCUUGCAGGGAAUGAAAGUGAAUUGGAGGAUUCCCAGUGCAUGCGUGACCGUGCUGAAAUGCAACGCAAGCCAGUCAUAAACAACCCACAAUGAACACUUCUGGCUUUAUAACUGCACAGGUUUCAUACUCCACAGCUUCAUUAAUUGGUUUGAUGUAUCCUGUGCCUUCUGAUAGUAUUUUGCUAGCUCUUCAUACAGUGUUUUAUAUGAGAGUCAGCUGAGAUGUCAGGAGUGCAGAGUGGGAAGGCUUUUAUGUUAGAUUUUCAAAAGUGUCAAACCUGUUACUCACUUGAACCCCACUGCCGUAUCUGGUGCCCUGAAGUGCCUUUCUCUGUUUACUUUCUCCUUUUUUUCCCCCUUUUUUUUUAAUUCUCUAACCUGUGAAGUGAUACUGUUCAUUCAUUCCAUCAGCUCUGCAUAGAAGAUCUUUGGAAACGCACACUCCUGAUGUUAUGCAGUGAAAGUGCCUAAGUCGGUUCAGAAAAUGUGACAGAAAUUGCCUUUCAUAAGAAAGAAAAUGGGUCACAUUAACUUUGAUGAUUUGCAUAAUAGCGUGCCACGUGUCAUCAGUGCAGUGUUUCCAAAGCAUGUUCAGGGUGAUGAGUUUGACUUCUGUUGUGUAUUCUGAAACAGUGCAGCUGGUAAUCGCACCUCAAUUUACAAGAGGGCGGAAGCCAAGACAUCGCUACAAACAGAGGCUUGGUAUUCGUCACAGUACCUUGAUUAAUGACAUACUCAACGGCCUUAGAUUUCUACACCUUUUCACUGGAAGGAAACCAAAUACGUGUUUGAGCUUCUUCGUGGAUGUAAAAUGAAGAAAUGUUGAGCAAAGCAGCGCUGUCACUGCUCAGUCUGAAUGUUAAACACUAGACAUUCAUCGUGCAAAAUGUGAACUGUAACAAGUUAGCCCAUAGCUUUUUGACUCUGUGAUAUAAACACUGCACUGUCCCUAACUGUAUAAUGUAUAUUAUGUAUAUACACAGAAGACUUUAUACAGUAUGUGAAAUGCUAAAUAAAGCAGUACGAUGAAUAAGAA